AUACGUUGCUUUCAACCCAACGUGCCGGAGAUGCCAGCUUUUGGUUUAAGUGCUACUGAUUUUUAAUUUAAUCUUUUCCCAUCCCCAAUGAAGUAUUAAUUUCUGACAACUUCCAACCAUCUGUCAAAAAUAUUUGUUAUUAUUAACCGUUAAUCUAAAACCAAAGCUCUCUCAUUUGAAAUGGCUGCUUCUUCGUCCCAAGGACAAGACAAGACUGUCACCGGCUAUCCAGCUCCGCCGGCCCAAUUUGCCGCCGGCUACCCUGCCGCAGCUCCCUACCCUUAUGCGGCCCCACCGCCGCACCCCAACCGCAAUAAUUACCAUCCCACGGGCCCACCACCUCCCUACUACAACCCUCAGCCCAAUGGGCCCUUCAGGCGCAAACCCACCGUCCUCUGCCGCAUCAUCAUCGCCGCCGUCGCUCUGUUCGCCGUCAUGUCCAUCAUCUCCUUCAUCUCCUGGCUCGUCCUCCGCCCCCAACUCCCCGAGUUCCGGGUCGAAUCGGCCAGCGUCUCUCCGCUCAACGCGACUAGCUCCGAGCUAACCGCCACGUGGGACUUCACCCUCCUCGCCGCCAACCCCAACCACAAGCUCACCAUCUUCUACGACCGCCUCACGGCCUCGCCCGUGUACGGCAGAGUUCCGCUCACCACGGCGGCGUUGCCUCCCUUCGUCUCAGGCAAGAGGAACCAGACGCGCGUCAAUUUCAAGCUCGCGACGGUGGGGGAAUACGUCGGCGACAACGUGGCGAGGGGAAUCGCCGACGGGAAGGAUCGCGGGUCGGUGAGGUUCGGAGUGUGGGUGGCGGCGUGGGUUCGGUUUAAGUCUGGGGUGUUUCAAUCGAGAUCGCGGUUGUUGCAGGUCUACUGCAAUCGGGUCGAAUUCACCGGGUUUGCCCGGAAUAAUGGGACCGGGACUUUGACGGGUCAGUCAAGUCCGUGCGAAGUUGAGUUAUGAGACUGAGUAAUCAGUAUAAGAAUACAAAUAAGUUUUUUCAUAUUUUAUUUUUCUUUUGUUUUUAACCCAAAAAUUGGUGAACGUUAUAAAGUAGUCCUUGUUUAUGAUUUUGGGCUAUGGAAUGGAAUUGCUUUCUGAAUCAUAGCAUCGUUUGUACUAUUUUGCAUAUUUCUGUGUAGGAAUUGGCAGAGUGUUGGUUUUGGUUGGA